AUGCCCCUUCCACAGGCCCUCCGCCUCGGCGCCCCGCGCGGCCUCACGCGCGGCUUCGGUCGACGCUUUGCAGCUGCCGCGGCCCCUGCAGCCACCAGUGGAAAGGUCUCGCAAGUGAUCGGCGCUGUGGUCGACGUGCAGUUCGACUCUGCCUUGCCACCCAUUCUGAAUGCCCUGGAGGUGGAAGGCUUUGAACAUCGCCUGGUUUUGGAAGUGGCGCAGCACUUAGGCGAAAACAUGGUGCGCACCAUCGCCAUGGAUGGUACGGACGGCCUCACCCGUGGCCAGAAGGUCAUCGACACCGGCGCCCCCAUCACCGUGCCGGUGGGAGAGCAGACGCUUGGGCGUAUCAUCAACAUCAUCGGUGAGCCGAUCGAUGAGUUGGGCCCCAUCGAGACCAAAAAGUUCUAUGCCAUCCACCGACCCACACCCACCUUCACCGAGAUGAACACCACUGCUCAGCAGUUGCUCACGGGCAUCAAGGUCGUGGACUUGUUAGCGCCCUACGCCAAGGGCGGUAAGAUCGGCCUCUUCGGCGGCGCCGGCGUGGGCAAGACGGUGGUCAUCAUGGAACUCAUCCACAACAUUGCCCUGAAGCACGGUGGUUACAGUGUCUUCGCAGGUGUAGGGGAGCGAACCAGAGAGGGUAACGAUUUGUAUCACGAGAUGAUGGCCAGUGGUGUCAUUAAGAAGGACAAAGCGCCAGGCUCCAAGGCUGCCCUGGUGUACGGUCAGAUGAACGAGCCUCCAGGUGCUCGAGCACGUGUGGCUUUGACCGGUCUGACGGUGGCGGAAUACUUCCGCGACGAGGAGGGACAGGACGUGCUGCUCUUCGUGGACAACAUCUUCCGCUUCACCCAAGCGGGCUCCGAGGUGUCAGCCCUGCUGGGUCGUAUCCCAAGUGCCGUCGGUUAUCAGCCAACCCUGGCCACUGACUUGGCGUCUUUGCAGGAACGAAUUACCACCACGCAGAAAGGAUCCAUCACCUCUGUGCAGGCGGUCUACGUGCCGGCGGAUGACUUGACAGAUCCGGCCCCCGCCACCACCUUCGCACACCUGGAUGCCACGACGGUCUUGUCGCGUCAGAUCGCAGAGUUGGGCAUCUAUCCUGCCGUGGAUCCGCUGGACUCCACGAGCCGAAUGUUGGACCCGUCCAUCGUGGGUCAGCGGCACUACGACAUCGCUCGCAGCACGCAAAAGAUCCUCCAGGACUACAAGUCUUUGCAGGACAUCAUUGCCAUUCUCGGUAUGGAUGAGUUGAGUGAAGAAGAUAAGCUGACCGUGGCACGAGCACGCAAGGUGCAGCGCUUCCUGUCGCAGCCCUUCUUCGUGGCGGAGAUCUUCACUGGAACCCCGGGCGCCUUCGUGGACUUGGAGACCACGAUCAAUGACUUUGAAGAAGUGCUCUCAGGUAACUGCGAUGACAUCCCCGAGGCGGCCUUCUACAUGAUCGGCGGCAUGUCUGACGUCCGGGAGAAAGCGGCGAAGCUGGAAGUGGACGGCUGGUGGAAGCUAGCGGCUGGGCUUUUGAGCGAUCGCAGGGUCGUGGCACACGGGUGGGGCAGCGAGGUGGCGCAGGCGAGCGUGUCGCACAGCGAGCGCGUGCUCCCAUUGCUCCUGUCUCCCGGAGCUGCGCAGAACGCGUUCUCGAGCGAGGGCAGCAAGCUGUCUUAUCCCUGUUGUGCCAGUCUGCGUGACAGCGUGGAUCCCCCCGCCGGCGCGUCCGGUAUCAACCCCGACUUGUUGCUGCUUUGCUUUUGCGACAAACUUAAUCGCGAGCCCUUUUGCUCAGAGACCUUGCCUUUUGCCCCGCGGAGGGUGCCCAGCCUACCCGCCUUAGCCCGCGCGGCUGAACUUGCGAGGAAAAAGGCAAGGGAUUUUCCGUUAAGCGCAUGCCAUGCCGCUGAUAAUCUGGCUGCGAGUCUGUGCCCGACCUGGCCAAACGCGGGCUGCAAUUUGCCAACGUCCGACGCUGAGACACUUCAAGCGGCCGGCCAGGUUGGCCGCGCCAACUUGGCCACUUCGCGGGAUGAACUGCAGGAGCUUCAACGGCAAGUGGCCGCUGUGGGCACUGAUGCGUUGAUCGCAGGUGCCGAACUUCAGGACCUAUGCCGCCUUUCGCGGGUUUUAUCCAGUUCGCUGACGCCGUUGGAGGGCCGCUUCUUCGAAAUGCUCGGAGAGAAGGUGAUGAAGACACCAGAUGCGCAUCCGGAUGCCUUCGCGCACUUUGCCUUGGCAGCUGCGGAGGCAGGCCACUUGGAACUUAGCCAACAAAUCGUGGAGUCGCUCUGUUUGGGUGGGGCUACUGUGUUUGGAGGCUCUGGUGCGAGUGCCUUGGCAUUAAGUGCCGCAGCCACUGGCGCCCUGAGGGCGCCCCUGUUCGAGGCAUUGAUCCGCCGCUGCUCUGUCCAGGAGAUGGAUUUGACCGCGGCGCAGUUGGGAGAUUUGCGACUUUGCGCACUGCUAGCAGCAGAUGUGCUGGAGCAGUGUGAUAGCCACACAAUCAGUUUCCUGCGAACCAUGUGCAAGGACGUGCUCCUAGACGAUCCCCGUGGAGCUCCGCCCAGCUGGUCGAAGUACUCGGACUUCCUGACGAAUGGCGAGCACGAUCUCUCACAGGUACUGGAGUCCUUCGAGCUGCCCCAUUGUCGAGGGACCAUCGUGAACGGUGCCUUCUUCCCGCUCACCAGCGACGCAAUGAAGGCAGUGAUUUGCCUCGAGACCUUUGAUGCAGGUGCAGCCUAUGUGAAAGGAGAGGGGCGUUGUACCUGGCAAUGCUGGAAGUACCGUGUGGCCACGGCAGCGGGAUGGCGCGUAUAUGCCAUAGGACCGCAGGAAUGGAAGACGAUCCAGAAGAGCGAAGAAAAGGUGAGCUUUGUCCGAGAGCUCUUGCAGAGACCACCUCUGGACGUGGCCAGCCUUUGA